GGAGAAGAAAUCCUGUUUAACUGGAGCGCUGAGAGCACCUGACCCAGCUGGAUUCUUCUGGAUUUAUUCAGCUACCUAUAAAGGCACACAAUGAGCAAAACCAAGAAUAAAAGUGAAAAUAAGACCGAAAAAGCUUUGGCUGCAGAGAAGGAACAGUUCAGCAAACAACAGCUCCUGAGCAUCAGUAAAUGCGUGGCCACCGCCGAAGUCCCACCCAAAGAGAAAUAUGUGCGCAACAUCAUCCUGGGAACUCACAAAGAGGGCGGAGCCACCACCUUCUGGUCCUACGUUCUCAACCUGCCGCUGUCCAGCCACUCCAUGGUCAGCUGGAAGUUCUGCUAUCUGCUUCACAAGGUGCUCAGGGAUGGACACAAGAAUGCUGUUGCAGAUUCUCACAGAUACAGCCGUAAUGUGAAGAGCAUGGGCGUCUUGUGGGGAAACUUGCACGAUCGAUACGGUCACAUCGUCGCCUUGUCUGCUAAAUAUCUCUACCUGAAAAUAGAGUUUCAUGCAAAGCACAAAGUGAUCCCCGGUAACCUGGAGGCCACUGAUGACACUCUAGAGCGGGAAGCAGGAACUGAAAUGACACAAGUGUUAGAUAUGACACAGGAGCUGCUGGAUUACCUGGAUGCUGGACUGAAGAUGUCUGAGACAGUUCUUCGUCAGAUGGAUGCUAACGGAGCCAAGUCUACGACCUCAGCAGGACAGUGCAGACUGGCUCCGCUCAUUCCACUCAUACAGGACUGCAGCUUCCUCUACCACUUCUCCGUCCGACUGAUGUUCAAACUUCACAGCCGCAUUCCUCCGGAUGCCCUUCUGGGGCAUCGAGAGAGAUUCCGUGACCUGUUUGCGAGCCUCACACAGUUCUUCAACCGGGCCCGAGAAACGGAGUUCUUUAAAACUAUCAUCCAGAUCCCGGAUCUCCCAGACGCCCCUCCAAACUUCCUCCGAGCUGCUGCCUUAGCGGAGUAUAAAAAGCCGGUGGUGGUGAUGCCCAACGAGGAUCAUCAUGAGGAGGAGGAAGUGGAGACGCAGCCAGAGCUCAGAGAGGCGCCCCAGUACUACUUACUCAGCCAGAUGGGAGCACCUGAAUCUUCUGUGGAGCACAGAGAAACUGGAACUGACAGCUGGAAGAGGGAGCCAAAGCCAGAAGCUCUGAAACCGGAGAUAGAGCUCAUCAAGAGCGAGGCCCAGAGGUGUGUCACUGAGUUGAAGUCCCAAGUGAAUCGUCUGGAAGCCGAGGUGGAGGAGCAGCGCACCCACAAACAGGUGGCUCUGGUGGAAAACGAGCACCUGCGGAUGGAAGUGGAUGCGUUACGCAGCGCUAACGUGGCUAAUGUCGGGGCUCAGAUUGGAUACAAAGAAGCAGACAAUCGAGCUCAGGCUGCAGAGGUCAGAUUUACUCAGUUAAAGGAGCGACACGCAGAGCUGGUCACAAGUCACGCUGAUCUCAUGAAGAAGAAUGCAGAAACCUUGAAGAUGCUGUCAGGCACACAGCAAGUGCAGGACGAUCUGCUGAGAAGCAAACAGCAUUUAGAGAGCGAGCUGGAGAAUCUGAGACAGGAGAAACGAAACAUGGUGACUCAGCAGCAGGAAGCUGAGCGUCUGAAUCAAGAGCUGCUGGAGCUGAAAGCAGAGAUGGCCAGGCUUCGUAGUACGUUGGACGAUAAAGAAAAGGAGGGGACUCAGGUGAGCAGCAGCCUGAUGGCUCUGCAGGCAGAACGAGACGCGCUGCUUCGCUCUGCAAGAGAAAACGACGCGGCGCUGUCCACCCUGAGACACCAGGUGCAGCAGCAGCAGAGCUCUCUGGACCUGGAUAGAGAUCGGACCAACCGAGAGCUGGAGGCCCUGAGAGCGCAGCUGCAGCAGCAGCUUGCCGUAAAUGCAGAGCAGAGUCUGGAGAUCGAGCGACUGAACCGGGAGCUGGACUCUACAAGAUUAGAACUGACUCGAGCAAACAGCUUGCUGCAAAGCAAAGAGAUGAGUGGCACGAGGCUGAGCAGCACGUUGGCAGGGUUGCAGACGGAGAGGGACACGUUGCUGCGCUCCGUUCGGGAACAGGAGGCUGAGCUGAACUCUCUAAGACAGCAAGCUCAGCUCCACCAGAGCUCUUUGGAGCAGGAGAAGCAGAGGAGCAGCAUGGAGCUGGGAGGCCUACACGCCCAGCUCCAACAGCAGGCGUGUCGAGAAGGUGAACUGGCCCAGAAGCUGCGGGACGAGCAGUUCUGUCUGCUACAGUGUGCUGUGGUGGAGGCUGAAGGCAUCAUACUGGAUGCUGUGGCCAAACUGGAUGACCCCAUACACGUCCGCUGCACCAGCUCUCCUGACUAUUUGGUGAACCGAGCUGAAAUCACUCUGGGUUCUAUUGAUAAAAUGCACCAGAGCCACCUGUCCUACCUGGGAAACAGGAACGAUGCCAGUGGCCUGUUGAGAUCCGUCACACAGUUUUCCCACCUCGCCUCUGACACGAUUGUCAACGGUGCCGCAACGUCCCACUCUGCUCCCGUGGACCAGGCCGAUGGUUUAACUGACAGCUGUCGGGAGUGUGCCAAUCAUUGCCUUCAGUUCUUGAAGGAUCUCAAGUUUCAGCCCAGUUUACAGAGAGCAGACCCGUCUGCCAUACGCUACACCGUUCAGCGCAUCCUCGCUAUUGGACAGGAUCUGUGUCCUAAAGGGCAAGACGUGCUGAAAGAAGAGCUGGGAGAAAUGGUGGACAAAGAAAUGAUCGCUACAUCAACGGCCAUUGAGGAGGCUGUGCUACGUAUGGAUGAGAUUCUCACCCAGACGAGAAGAGACACCUCUGGUCUGAAGCUAGAGGUCAACCAGAGUAUCCUGGGAUCCUGCUCAGACCUGAUGAAGGCUGUUCAUAUGCUGGUGACAGCUGCUACCGAUCUACAGAAAGACAUUGUGGAAGGGGGCAGGGGAGCAGCAUCUGUCACAGAGUUUUAUGCCAAAAACUCUCGUUGGACUGAAGGCCUCAUCUCCGCCUCCAAAGCUGUGGGCUGGGGUGCAACCCAGCUGCUAGACUCGGCUGACAGAGUUGUGACUGAGAAGGGUUCCUACGAGGAGCUCAUCGCCUGUUCAAACGAGAUCGCUGCGAGCACCGCUCAGCUCGUCGCUGCCUCCAAGGUGAAAGCCGACCGCAGCAGUAAGAAGCUGUGCACGGUCCAGCAGGCGUCACGACACGUGAACGACAUGGCCGCUGUGGUCGUCACCUCCACCAAACACGGGCAGCAGCAGAUCUCUGAUCAAGGUGUCAUGGACUUCUCUGGCAUGUCGCUGAUUAAGCUGAAAAAAGAGGAAAUGGAGGCUCAGGUGAAGGUCCUGCAGCUCGAGAGCCAGCUGGAGCAGGAGCGAGUCCGCCUGGGGGAGCUGAGGAAGAGGCACUACAACCUCGGAGUCAACGGGGCCACCACCGACAAAUCUGGAGACAAUGAUGGCUUUCCUCCACCGCCAUCACCUACCCUGUUCAACUCCACCCCAACACCUCAGUCUUUUUCACAUCCACAGCCAUUCAUGGGCUCUCAGGGCCCUCCAAAGACCACACCAGCUCAGACACAGUUCUUCUCACUGCCUCAGUCUUACACACCCACAAAUACUUAUACACCAGCAAAUACUUACACACCACCAAAUACUUAUACACCAGCAAAUACUUACACACCAGCAAAUACUUACACACCAGCAAAUACUUACACACCAGCAAAUACUUAUACACCAGCAAAUACUUACACACCAGCAAAUACGUACACACCCACAAGUACUUAUACGCCAUCUCAAACCUACACACCCUCCCAGCCCUACGUCCCGCCUCAGUCCUUCAUCCCGUCUCACCCUUACACCUCGAUGCCUCCUCAGAGUUACUCCCAACCCUCGGGGGUCUCAUCCAGCCACUCUGAGCCUAAGCCACCGCCUCAGUCCCAGUCGUCCCAGCAGGGCCACACUGAGUCCAGCAAACACGUGUUCAAAAAACCAAACAUCUUCACCAAAUCUGGAAACUUGCUGAAACACGCGUUCAAACGAGGUGAAACUGGAACUGGAGAGUCCUGACCUGACAGACGAGAGGAGGAUCUGACUCGAUGAAUCACCAACAUGGUUCAAAAGUGUUGCUGUUAACUUAAAGUUUAGUUUUGUAGAAUUUGACAGGAUUUUAAAGCAAUAUUAAUCAGAUGUUGUUAUCUGUUGUAAUCAUACCAAUGCUUGUAUCAUCUAGUUGAUUCAUGAACAAUCAUGAAAUUGUCCAUUUUGUUUAUUUCAUUUUUAAUCUUCUUAUUAACUUUACAUAAAACGUUUAUUCAUCUAUUCAUGUAUUUUAAUCAUGAGCCCUUUUAUGCAACCCUGAGCUACAUAUUCCUACUUACCCAUACACCAGGUAUGUCCAAAGGGCGGCCCGGGGGACAUUUGUGGCCCUCAGGGCGAUUUUGUGCGGCCCCCAAAUUUCUAGAAUGGUGGAAUUUGUAUCUCCAGCUCUUUCAACUUUUUAAGAUUUUAUAUUCAAUUUUUUGUUCACUUGAGACCUUUUCUGAGAUGUGCAAAUAAAAAAAUCACUAUAAAAUCAUUUUGAAUUUUCUAAAUAAAAAUCACAUUUCUGUAGUUAUGCUGCUAUAGGCUUAGACUGCUGGAGGACACACUGACCACUUUACACACUCUACUGCUUUCUUCUACAAUCUGCUCUUUAACUGUAUUAUUUCCUGCUAUUUCAGCUGUUAACUUUAUUUUCUCUCUAAGUGUUUUUCUCCCCAGAAGAAUCUACAACGAUGUUCUGCUGACCUGUGGUGGCCUCAUGGAGGGGGCCAUCGACUAGCACACUGCUGCUAACCACUUAAACAUUCUCCCUCU